AUGACAUUUGGGAUUUUAGUUCCAGGAAGAGCAGUUUCUGCACCAGUUCAAGAAUCUGAGUGCCGUUGGAUUGCUGAACUCCCACAACCAAGUACUAUCCACAAUUUAACAAUUUUCUUAAAUCAACCUUUACCAACAGAUCAAUGUGGAGCUGGUAUCUACUACAGUUUUGCACCUUUUACAUCUUGGGAAUUCCUUGGGGUAAUAACAAAUGUUAGACCAAGUGAUAUGUUUACUACUGGUUGGCCAUUUCUGCCUGAUAUUAUGAAUUUAGCAACAGUUAGAAUUGGUAUAACAAUUGAAUUAUCAUCAGAAUUAAUUGUAAAAGUGGAAAAUAAACCACCUAUAGAUAUUAAUAAAGAAAUUGCAAAAAAGAUUGCAUUAAAUUUAUUUAGAUUUAUAGAGAGCUUUAAUGGGAACAAUACAAACUCAUCAGAAUGUAUUCGUGUACCUCAAAUGGUCUUAGAUAGGUGGUUUGUUAAAUUUGAAGAGAAAUAUAAUAGAGAUCCUUACUUUUACAUGAAUACAAAUUAA